CAUUGCCUUUUCCCAGCAGGACCGCUUGCUUCAACACCUCCCUCAGGUAGGAAGCCAGCCUUCCCCCCUGGAGUUUGAGGAAGCGGGAGCAUCCGCGGAAUACGUCACCGCGCUGACGCAAGGGCGGGGCCGAGGCGGGACCCUGACCUUGCUCUUGACUUUUCACUCGCUGCCGUCCCUCUGGGUCCCGCCCCGCGCUCCGGAGCUCCGCCUUCUCCCGUUCCGCUCCGGGCUGGUCAGCUAGCGCACCAUGGAUAAGAUCGGCGUCGUGUUUGGCGGCUCUCGGGGUAUCGGCAAGGCCGUGGCCCAGCUAAUGGCCCAAAAGGGCUACCGGCUGGCGAUUGCGAGCAGGAACCUGGAGGCCGCCAGAGCCGCGGCUGGGGACCUCGAGGGAAACCAUUUGGGACUUUGCUGUGAUGUUUCUAAAGAGCAAGAUGUUCAAAAUGCAUUUGAAGAGGUGGAGAAAAAUUUAGGUCGUGUUAAGUUUUUGGUAAAUGCAGCUGGCAUAAGCAGGGAUGCCUUGCUAUUAAGAACAAAAACUGAAGACAUGGUGUCCCAGCUUCACACUAACCUCUUGGGAUCCAUGCUGACAUGUAAAGCUGCUUUGAAGCAUAUGAUUCAACAACAGGGAGGUUCUAUUGUUAAUAUAGGAAGUAUUGUAGGUUUAAAAGGAAAUCCUGGCCAAUGCGUUUACAGUGCUAGCAAAGAAGGAUUAGUUGGUUUCUCCCGUUCUCUUGCUAAAGAGGUAGCAAGAAAGAAAAUUCGAGUGAAUGUUGUUGCCCCAGGAUUUAUCUAUACAGAUAUGACGAAAGAUAUGAAAGAAGAACAGUUAAAGAAAAAUAUUCCUCUUGGGAGGUUUGGAGAACCUAAAGAUGUGGCACAUGCUGUUGUUUUUCUUCUGGAAACUCCAUAUAUUACAGGACAUGUUCUGGUCGUAGAUGGUGGAUUACAGCUUGCUUUGUAAAGUGUUGGAGAGUGACUGAAGAGGCAGGAAGGCCUGGAGAUCCAGAGGAGCAGAGCCCUGGUGUUCAGGAGCCACAUGAAGCUACUGAAGAGGUGCAAGAUGGGUAAAUGUAGUAAUAUUCAGCAGCCUGAAGUGCUUUGCAGAUGUCUGUUCACCUCCUUUCACCAUUUAUCAGUUGGAGAAUGGCUUGAAUUCUUAUAAAUGAGUCAAUUCUCUCUAUAUUUUAGAAAUGAGGAGGCUUCACUUUGCAAUGACAACAAAGCUCUGCAAAAAUCUUACAAUCCUCUGAAAUCAUGUUUUUUUUUUUUUUUAAUAGAAAUAAAUCUUUUAUAAUGAGCAUCAAAAGAAAUCUUACAUGUGGUGUGGAGUAUUUUAUAAACUAAGAUACAUUUGAACUCAACAGUUGCAUACCAAUAGAUUAUGAACUCUGCAUUUGUCAAAGGACCCUCAAAUAAAAAUAAAUACAACAUAUUAUGCAGAGUGCACUUGAAAGAACUCAGGGAGGCAAUGGGGCACGAUAUGGAGGAUGCUGACUUGGAGUCUGAAGAUCUGACAAAUAAGAAUUCAGAGAAACAUAGAAAGACUUAUAUAGAGUAAUAUAGGGGUAAUAAAGGAGAAUGCCAGGAAUUGAAUGCAGCCAUGCAAUAUAACAAGCACUAGAGAAAUAACAAUUCUGGUUCUUUACAGAAGUUAUGAAUACAUUGAUGCUUGAGGGUUUGGGCAUUUGAGGGGAAAAGUGCUGUAUUAAAAUAAAGUGAAUAAAGUUUUUUUAAAAAAAUCUUGAUAAGAUACUGGUCUGAAUAGUGGGACCUUUAGGCGUGCCAGUUGCACUUAGUUAUAAGAUAAAUGAUAAACUCCUUAAUCUUGGAGUUAAAAUCUUCAAUAAUCUGACUCCCAAUUACUUUUAAUCCUUAUUUCAUAUUUGCUAUUCUCUUUCACAAAUUCUCUAUUCCAGCUAGCUAUUCCACAGUCUUGAUACUCCCUUUCCUGUUUUUCUGUACAAUCUCCAUGUCUGGAAUUAACUCCCUCACUUCCAUCAGUGUCUUUCAGGGUUAAUUCCAGGUGGCCUUGCCUUUAAGAGCUUCCCUCAAUCUCUUCCUUUCCACCUGGCUAGUGUGGCUUUCUCCUAUAUCAAAUAAAAUGUAAACUUCUUAAAUAUAAAAACUUUCAGCUUUUGGUUCUUAAGCUCAUAAUGCCUUACUUAUUCCUUGCACAUGGUAGGUAUUUCAUAAAUAUCUCUUGAAUUGAAUUGUCUUUUUAAGGAUGACUUCUGCUUGAUAAUGGGUUUCCAGCUCCAGUUUGUCUCUUUAGCUUCAGUUUAGUAUUACUAACUGCCUUUUGGACAUCUCAGUUGUAUGUCCCAUAGACAUCUCAAACUCAAAUGCCCAAAAUAAAAUUGUUUUCUCUUUCUCCCCACUCCCAACCCUUUCCUUCCCAAGUUUCCCUAUUAACUGUUGAGCAUAUGUACCAUCAUCCUUCCAUGCUUGCAACUUCAGUAUCAUUCUAUCUAUCCAAUCUAGAUAGGAUUGUAGUAAUAUCUUUUAAGUCAUUAAAACUGCAAUUUCCACGGCUGCUAUUUGAUUAGCAUUGCUGUAUAUAGCUACAUGGGCUACAUGUGGCUAAGUUUUCUUUCAGUGUGAAUAGAAGAACAGAUUAACAUAAUACUAAGUCAAUAAUGAUUUUUCUACAAAAUCUUCAAUACCUAAAAUAUAUAAUUUAUGAUUCAAAUAAUUACAAGCAAAAGGACACUCUACAGAGCAUUAUGUAAAGGAUUAUAAACACUUCAAUACAAAUUAAAUAGUCUUUCACUAUUUUACUGUUACUAAUCACUGAUUAAAAUAACUUUAAGUUUUCUUAUAGAGUUUAAGUAGAUAAUAGUGGACUAGUCACGGUAAACUUUUUCUUAAAAUCUGUAAUCUGGGACAAUAUUCAUUCCAGUUCUAAUUUUUGUAGUGCUUUAAGUAUUGAGAAACAUACACAGAAUCCCCAGCUUUAGUCUUUGUGAUUUCCUUAUCUAAAGGAUUUUCAUUCAGCCUUUGAUCUGAUCUCUUAACAGAAUUGAGGUAUAUAAGUAAAUUGAUUAUAGCUAAGAUUUAUUUGAUGUUGAGGUCCUGUCAGAAAUUGAUCCCUUAAUUUUGUUGUUUCUAUGAGAAAAUAUGAUGUGUUCUAAGCCAUCUUGUUAAAAGACCUCUUUGGAAGAGCAGAAUAAACUUUUGUUUCGGUAUAUACCUGGAA